AUGGCAGAGACAGCGCCCAUUCCCAUCAUUUUGUGUGGUAAAACAGAAGGGAUAGGCCGAGCAGUCAUUGCAGCCUUGAAGCCCGAGAUUGAAGUUGUUCACUUUGUUCUCGCUGGAGAAUCAGGUCAGACCAUAAUUCCCCCUCUUCUGGCAGGCGAGUCUCCACCUUCUCAUCCCGAGAGCAGCACCAUCGGGAGCGGGAAUUACGCUCAGGUUCCACGUGCCAUUCUCCUCGGUGGCGCUUUCGACGAAGGGACGAUAGCUACGUUGCGAGACGCGGUCAAGGCGACUUCGGGGGCGCGCAAGAUUCCUUGGAUUCUUCAAGAUUUAACGCUACCGGCACCUCCGGUCGGCACGCCUGAAUAUUCAGCGCUUAUGACCAAGAGGUCUAAGGACGCUCUGUUGAAGUUGGACCAAGAUGGAAAGUUAGAUGGAAGCCAUGAUGGGAUUGAGUGGUACUAA